AUGUGCGCCGACUGCCAGCAGAUCGUCACCCUCCUCACCCGCAUGGCCAACGAGUCGGCCACCAAGGUGCCCAUGGGGAUGGGGGGCCAUGGGGUGGCCACCGUGGGUGCCAGCAUGGGUGCCACGGUGGCUGUGGCACAGGGUUGGCCACCAUGGGUGCCACCGUGGGUGCCAGCGCGGGUGCCAUGGCGGCUGUGGGCACAGGUGGCCGUGGAGGGCUUCCUGCGGCGGGAGUGCGCGGCGCUGCCGGUGCCCACCAUGGUGACACCCUGCCAGAACCUGGUGCACGAGUACUUCAGCCUCCUCCUCACCGACCUGGAGGAGCACCUCAAGCCCUCCGCCAUCUGUGCCCGCCUGGAGCUGUGCCCGGAGCAGCCCGGGGGGGCCCCGGCCGCGCCCCCCCUCAGGGCGCUCAGCGCCCGCCUGCAGGUACGGGACCUCGGGGCCGGGGCCGGUGGGUGCCCGGGGGCGUCGACACGGGGGCUGCGGGGCAUCGGCACGGGCACGGGCGCCUCCGUGGGCAUGGACGUGGGUGUCUGUGGGCACCGCCGUGGGCACGGCCGUCUCCGUGGGCGUGGCGGGGCUGCCUGCGUGGGCAUAAGUACGGGAAUCUCCGCGGGCAUCCGCGCGGGCUUCCAUAGGGGCACCUCUGCGGGCAUUCACACGGGCAUCUUCAAGGGCCCCUACGCGGCCACGAGCACGGGCACCCUUGGGGGCACCCCUGUCGCCGCCGGUGACGCCCUGCCCGUGCCGCUGCCGCUGUGCUGGCUGUGCCGCACCUUCCUGGCCCGCGCCCAGGCCGCUGUCCCCAAGGAGGCGGUGGCGACGGCGGCAGCGGGGCUGUGCCGGGUGCUGCCGGUGGUGGCGGUGGGUGCGUGCCAGUGCCUGGCGCAGCGGUACGCGCGGUACGCGGUGCUGGCGGUGGAGGAGGUGCUGGGCCGCCUGGCCCCCCGCCUGCUCUGUCACCUGCUCCUCUCCUGCCGCCCCGAGGAUGGUUACGCCUCCUUGUCACCUCCCUGGCGUCCCCUCGAGGCCACCGCGGGCCCGCCGGCUGGGCGUGCUGGCACUGAGGACCUCCCCGCGCUGUCCCCAAACCCGGGACCCUGCGCCCUGGGCCCGACCUACUGGUGCUCCAGCCCCGCGGCCGCCCGCCGCUGCCAGGCCCUGCAGCACUGCCAGGAGCACGUCUGGGCCUAG